ACCCAGUAAAAUUUUGUACACCGAUAACGUCAAAAAUCAUUGUGUCAACUGUCAUCAUCAAGUAUUAACUGUCAAAAAAGGCAUCAUCGCCAUCGGCUCAAAAAAUGAAAAGGAAUAAUUAAACUGGAAUUAACGUUAAGGAAAUAUUGGAGUUUAAUAUACAAUGGCACAAUCCCAUUUUGCUUUAUCAUGGGACGCACAUCGAAAAAAUAUAUGCAAUGGUUUAAGCACUCUACAACAGAAUGGUGAGUUUGUGGACAUGACGCUGGCUGCGGACGGGCACUUUGUGAAGGUACACCAGGUGAUAGUGGCUCUGGCCAGCCCAUUCAUCAAGGAACUGCUAGCCUCAGCGCCGUGCCCCCAUCCUGUGUUGUUUCUAAAUAAAAUAUCAUAUACAACCCUGUGCGCAUUGUUGGAGUACAUCUACACUGGUGAGGUGUAUGUGGCUGUUGAGGACCUGAUCGAGCUGUCAGAGGCUGCCAAAGAACUACACAUCAAAGGACUGGAAGAUAUUAAACUUCCAGAGUCCAUCACAUCACAACAAUCAGGCGACAUGGAACAUGUUCAGACAGUUGAGGAGAAUGAUUGCAACAUGGAAACACUUGAUGAAGACAUAUGCUACUUUGAAAUAUCCAACCCCAAAAUGAAAAUAGAAAAGCCUUUUGAUGAAUCCAAUGAAAGUAUAACAGAGACUCCGCAACAUUUAAUAAACCAAACUAUGGACGAGGCAUACGAAGACUCACAGGGCGGCGUGGAAGAGAGAUCAAAUCGAAUCAAUUCAGUAGGCGGCAAGGCUGACGUUGUUCCCUCUGGCGAGAAUUCUAAUGUGACGGUAAUGCAAUACACGGUAUCGAACCAAGGCUCGUUACAAAUGAUAUUGAACAGAUACAUCUACUACUUGAAGCAUACGAAUCGGAAUAAUUCACAACAGUGGCGCUGCGUGGACUACCUAAAUAACGUCAAGUGUCCUGCACAUGUUAUUACCAAAAACGGCGUUGUUGUACUUAGAAUAUCGGCUCACACACACCCCUUCCACGAUAAAAGGAUAUUAAAGAAAGUCCACGCGGGCGCAGUGUUUUCGGCUAUACACGAUGCGGAACAACAAGGGAUAAGCAUCAAGAGAAGUAGAGGAUGCGAGGAGAACGAAGGAAAUAAUAGCGAAUAAUAUUUUAUUGAAGUUGAA